AUGGGUGUCGCAUUGUGUCACAUAACUGACGAUGAAGAUAGUGUGUUACCCCCACCGCCGCGAUAUCCAUCGCAGGCAGCGUAUAAUCUGGCUGUUCAAAAUGGAAUGGCUGCGCCAAUGAUAGAGACGAAUAACCUUCUCAAGCACCCUGAGGGAUUACAAUUGCUUGCUGGUGAAGGAACAUACUUGCUGCAGGACGACCUACAUCUUGCGACACCUCCUCCUCAUCCCUCCGAAACCCCGAAUCUAAAUCCAAAUCCACUAUCUACGGCUCCGCAAGCUGCAACGGCUGGGACCAAACUCUCUCUCCUUUCAUUCAGCACGAAGCCUUCCGCACCCCUUUUAUACAGGCUCGAUACGAACAAAAGUUCCAGGACGGGAUUAGCUCAAUCGAGUAUACAAGAACAUCCAUACGAAAAUCGCACUUCUUCCGAUAUACCUGGAAGUAGUGAUGGUGGGGGGACUUCAGUCAAUGGUAGUGCAAGAGUUGCGCCAUCAAUUGGAUCCGCACCGGCGUUCGGGGAGGGAAAUUCGUUGUUGUCAUUUACAGGUAAAGAUAGUGGGAAACGUCGCAAACCAAAGAGUGGUAUUUUGAAGACAUCUCAUAUGGAUGGAUCUUUAAUUGCAUACGACAAGGAGAAGGAUGACGCAUCCUUUGUACCAGAAGAGGUUGGACCUGAUACUAAUGGCAGUGUUCCAAGUGAAGAGAAUCUGGACCCAACGUCAACGCCAAAAGCGAAACUUCAGAUCGAUAAGUCAGUCCAUUCAAAGAACCAAAAGUUUAACCCUGUUUCAUAUUGGAAGCUCUCCAAUCAACCAAUCAAUAAUUUCGCUUUCUCGCCUGAUAAUAGGCAUUUGGCUGUUGUGUCUGAAAAUGGGACUUUGCGAGUUAUUGACUAUUUAAAAGAGCAAUUACUUGAUAUAUACAAUAGUUAUUUUGGUGGCUUGACUUGUGUUUGCUGGUCACCUGAUGGCAAGUAUGUUCUUACUGGUGGUCAAGAUGACCUUGUUUCUAUAUGGUCCAUGGCAGAUUCCGCCAUCAUAGCUCGUUGCACUGGCCAUACAUCCUGGGUAACAGAUGUGGCUUUUGACCCAUGGCGUUGCGAUGAUCGAAAUUAUCGUUUUGGUAGUGUGGGUGAAGAUGGUAAACUCUUGUUAUGGGAUUUUAGCGUUGGAAUGUUGCAUCGUCCCAAAGCCGCUUCCGUUCGUCAAAGAGGUAGUAUCUCUUCUCGAAUGCCUAGCUCCCUUCAAAGAGUUGAAACUCAGGGCACAACAGCUACCGCCGGUCGAUUUCGCUCAAACUCAAAUAUUUCCGUCACCGACGGACAAUUAGAUACAGUAGAUCAUCCAGUAGAACCAAGGGCAAAGAUUUCUAUUCUACCUGCCGUUUGCACGAAAACUGUUGCCGAUGAUCCAAUUUGUUCAUUAGCAUUUACAGAGGAUCAUAUUAUUACAAGUGAUAAGAGUGGACAUAUCCGCACUUGGAACAGACCAAAAGAUCACGAAGAAGCUGAUGACGAGGAUGCUGAUGUGGUAGCACCAUCUCAGACUUCGUAA